AUGCUUUUCUGGAUCAGCCUCCAACUCGGUCUGGCUUGGGGGGGCAGCCCUGCUUGGAACCAGAGCUGCCUAGGAUCCCGUACCUCAGCACUUGCGCCAUUUCAGUUGGAUGGGCUCACCAGACGUAAUGGUCAUGAACCGCCUAUCAACAUCGACUUGUUGGCGUGGAAAAGAGGAAUUGUCAGCCUGCAGUGGUAUGGCGACAUCACUGUCGGCACUCCUCCGCUCGUCUUCGACACGUCGGCGUCCCUGAUGCUGAUCGCCCACAAGAACUGCAGCACAUGCGGCGACCAUCAACAAUACGACCACGAAGCCUCCAGCACACGCUCUGGUCUGUCCAGGUACAGAAGGGAGAUUCUGUUUGGCAACCAAGGCGGCGGCACCACGGGGUCUGACGAACCCCAAGGCGCAAACUGCACAUCCGGCCAGCUCCUCGGCGCGGAGUUCAACUUCUCUUUCAUAUCGGACCGCAAAGGGCACGACGGUGUGCUCACUCUGGGCGGCACCGACCGUCGCAAUACAUUCCGGACGCUCAAGAAGAUUCCAAUCAACUGGCCGCUGUCGUCGUCGCGGUUGCGGUGGGUGGUCGACGUGCGCGGCGCUCGUAUCGAUGGCUUCACUCUGACCAACUCGACUGACGCCGUCACGCUAGUGGACAGGGGCGGCGCCACCGUCAUCACGCCGGACACGAACACGACGCGGCAGCUGUACGGCCGCAUCGCCCCGUGUGACGUGCUGGACCGCGUGGUCCGGGACCUGACAUCUACGGUGGGUAGCGCCGAGCAGAACGUGGAUGUUGGUCAACAGAAAGUAAUCAACGUAGGCGUGUAUUCCGGUAACGUCACCGUGGGCGAGUACGCCGGCAAGCCGGACAUCAGCCAGGGCGUGUUUACCAAUCCGGAGGUUACUGCGCGGGAGCCGAUCAACAGGCGGCCGUCGUGGAUCUUCGGAAAUCCUUGGCUGUGGUCGUACUACACCGUGCGAAAGUCCGUGGACCAGGCCAUGGGGUUCGCGACGCCUUCUCACCACCGGGACUGUGACUGAAGGAUUGGGCCCAAUGUGUCGUUUUUCAAGGUGGGCCGGGGUUCCAAGUUUGCCGCUUUUCUGAAAUCGUGCGAGACUAGGUUGGCACUUGACCCAGCAUGAUCAUGACCGGGAUUUUGAUCCA